UUAAGCAAAAAAUGAAAACUUAAAAACCGAAAUCAAAACUAUAUAAGACUUUUAAAUUUAAAUAAAACUACAACAACAAAAAAUAAAAAGCAAAAAUGCAUGGCAACAACAUUGUGUUAAAUCAAAAUAAAUAACAACAACAACAACAAUAAAUCUCCCACUGAAAAUUACGAAUUUAAAACAAAAGAAAAUAAACAACAACAAAUCCAACUUUAAACCAUGGAAGGACGUCUCAUCGAAUACCGUCCAAUUGGCGGUGGUCUCGACUAUCAUCACAAUUCACCAUUGAUUGGUGAAAUACCACCGGGUGGUGAGUACUCACAGGCCGUACACCGAUCCAUAGAUCAGCUAAGAAAUACCCUAAACGAACGUGUUACUUUAGGACCAUUGAGCGUGUUCUCGAAUACCGCCGAUUUGAGAACCUCUGUUCUCAACUACACCCAACAGCCGGCACAUCAGCAGCAGCAACAACAGCAGCAGCAUCAACAGCAACAACACCAGCAGCAGCAACAACAUCAGGCGCAUUAUCAAAUCCAGGGGGCAGUAUCGACUACCACCACACCAAAUGGUUCGGUGGCCGAGGCGGUGUUGUUGCAUCAAAAGUCCUUGUGUUUGGACACCAAAUUGGCCGACUCGACUACUGGGGUGGUCAGUUCGACGGUCAGUUCUGGCGGAGGUGGUCGUGGUCGUAAAUCGCGUAUCUAUCCACCGAAUCCUAAUCAGCACAUUGUUGUGACCAGCAACAGUGUGGACAAUGGUGGGACACGUCAUCACAACCGCCAACAACAGCAGCAGCAACAACAGACGAAUGACAGCAACAAUGGUAUUUCAUCGUCCACAUCGUCGCCGCAUCAUCCGAUGCAAUUGCAGGAUAUUAAGGAUACCAAGAUCUUUACAUCCAAAGCCGACCUGCAGCUGCACACCCAGAUGCACAUGCGCGAAUCGAAACCCUACAAAUGCACCCAAUGCUCCAAGGCAUUCGCCAAUUCGUCAUAUCUGUCGCAGCACACGCGAAUACAUUUGGGCAUCAAGCCGUAUCGCUGUGAGAUCUGCCAGCGCAAGUUCACCCAGUUGUCGCAUCUACAGCAGCAUAUUCGGACGCACACGGGUGACAAACCCUACAAGUGUCGACAUCCCGGCUGUCAGAAGGCAUUCUCUCAGCUCUCCAAUCUUCAAUCACACUCACGUUGCCACCAAACCGACAAACCAUUCAAAUGUAAUUCGUGCUACAAAUGCUUCUCCGACGAACCCUCACUGCUCGACCACAUACCCAAGCACAAGGAGUCCAAGCAUCUGAAGACGCACAUCUGUCAGUACUGCGGGAAGUCGUACACCCAGGAGACAUAUCUGAAUAAACAUAUGCAAAAGCAUGCGGAGAGGACCGACAAGCGACCGCCCAUUGUCGUCACAAAUGCUGGCAAUAAUCCGGCUGGGGGAACCACACCGGCUGCCGGUGCUGCGGCAGGUGGAGCAGCUUCAACAACAACCAAAGCACCACCACCAACAACAACACAGCAUAAUCGCAACAAUUUGACCUUACCUCCGGUAACAAUAGCACCCACCGACAAUUCGUAUUGGCCCAAAGUCAGUCCUGACUCGGCAGCCAAUUUGAAUGAUGUUAUGCAUCAACAGCAACAACAAUCGCAGCAACAUCACAACCAACAUCCCCAUCAACAGCAGCAGCAACAGCAUCACAGCGGCCAACAGGGCGGUUCGUCACAACAUCAUCCGCAACAGCAAACAAAUCCCCAACAACAGCAACCCUCCUCUCAGCAACAAGGUCACAUGGACUAUGGCAAUCACCAGCAGCAGCAACAACAACAGCAGGCCGGCAAUGCGGGACAAUCGAAUAAUCCGCACAACGAUCUGCAGGGUCAUCAUCGCAUGAAUGAUAAUGGUCGCGAAGAUAUUGUCUCCACACCAUCCACCGUUGGACCCUACGAUGCGUCGAGCAUUACGAAAACCACCACCAACUCAGCAUUUACACCGAUCAACUCUAUGCCUCCGCACUUGAACACUCUCUCGCAUCAUGCCAUGGCUCAGCGUCCGUAUCUCUACGAUGCGAUCAGUUUUCAGAAUAAAAACGUCAACCAAAACAAUGCCUCGAAUGCAUUUCCAAAUCAGCUGAUUUCGCUGCAUCAGAUACGCAACUAUGCCCAUCAGCCGGCUGGUCUGACAAUGGCCGGUGAACAUCUGUUGGGUGUUAGUGUCGGUCCCGGCAAGGAUAAGGGAUAGCUAUAUUUUUAA